AUGGGCAGCAGGCACUGUCCUUUGCUACAUGUCCAUGAAAAGAAACCAAUCUGCAGGUUCCGUUGCAUGACAUUGCAUUUUCAGAAGUGUGCUGAUGCACCCAAACCAACACCAUCUGCUGUGGAGAUGCUGCUCCUGGAAAGUUACUGGAAAGUCCGUAUGCAACAGCAGAUGACUACAGAGCAGCGAAUUCCAGCCCAACCUUCUGCUACUCCAAUUCAUUAA